AGGCGGGUACAUUUUGCAUGUUGGCAUAUUAUCCAUUAGGAGGCAUUUUAAGUCAGUUGUUAUUAGUCCUGGUAUUAUUGACUACAAUAUAUAUUAUUUUACAGAUUUUUUUUUCUGUUAGUAUUGAAACGUAUACCCACCUUUAUGCCACACGUCUAACUAAAUAAACAGUUUAUUGCAAAUAAUUGUUGUAGAAAGCCCGAUGCAACAAACAGAUUUAGACGCUUCCUAGAGAAGGGUGCCCGUACCAAAAUGGCUACUGCGUUAACGCUUCCUUUAAGCGACCGCUACGCAUUUACAUUUGUGCAUUUCAAGCAUCGUAUUUAUUUUUGAUUUUAGCGGAUGUAGGGCAAUAAAAAAAGCUAUUCAAGCGAACAAGUUGUGGAUAUUUCAAUGUUGUCCUCAGCGUAUCGCUAUGUCGCAAAUUAAAAAGACACAACUACGCAUGCGCAACGGUUGCUGUGGUUACCUGUACACAGGUUUUCUCUUACAUUCAAAAUGCCACCCAAGAAGAAAAAGAAGAAAGGCAGGAUGACUAAAGCAGAGAGGUUAAAGAAGCAGCAAGAGGAAGAAGAGGCAGCCCGGCUGCAAGCCGAAAAAGAAGAACAGGAGAGACUGGAAAGACAGAGAAAGCUGGAGGAGAUACAAAGGCUAGAGGAAAAGGCAGAGCAGAACAGAGACUUGGAGCUUACCGAACUGCGCCUUCUGCUGGAGGAAAACUACUCUGCAAUAAUCAAAUGGAAGGUUGAUGCUGCAGAAAAGGCAGAGUGGGAGAGAUACAUGCUUUGCGAUGGAGUCCCAGACGCAAAGGACCAGCGGGCGGUCAAUACAUUUGUCACCUUGUGGAAGGAUUACUCAGACUCCAACAUUGGAGAGGAGCUUCAACUAUGCAACUCAGCAGUAAAGCUUAUUGAAGACUUGGAUGAGCUUGUGAAAGAGGCCAAAGAUCCAGAGUUGGUCCCAAAGUACCAUGAUGCUCUCAUAGAGGUCCAGGAGAUUCUCCAUGCUAAGCACCUUUUCAUAACUGAGAAGCUCCUAAAGGGAGCAAGCGACAACAUUGACCCUGACACAAGGAACAUGCAGACUGUGUCCAAACAUACAAAUGUGACGCUGUGUCUCUGGGCCAACCUUUUCAAAAACCCAAGCUUUACAGGUUUCGACUUUAACGAAGCUGGCCUGAGCUUUAAGCUUCCUGAGGAGCUGGCUGUGAGCGACAUCGCCGUGCGGAUCCUCCACACCCACUAUGACCACCUGUCAAUACUGUCCAGGCUCAGGCAUACACCUCAGAAGCCGAUAGUGGAGGAGAUUCCGCCGCCUGGCCAGGAGCCAGAGGAAACCCAGGAUGGUGAUUGCACCAGUGAACUGCCCAGUUGCCCCCACAGUCCAACCAGUGAACCGUCCAUAAAAAGCACCAGCCCGCCAUCUUCAGAGGAAAGCAUGAUACCUACACAGACAGAAGUACUCAGUGGUCACAGUUCCAGCCUGGUUUCAUCUGUUUGUCCAACCAAGGAUCCAUCUUGGCCCAGCUUGGCCCAGCUGAACUGCUUGAGUUCCGCUGGGCCUGAAUUCGAAGAGACAGAAAAUGACUCAGAGGUUGUAAAUCUGAUUCAGUACACAACCCUGGGUGGAGUUUUCUACUAUGAUCUGCUUCAACUCCCACCUCAGCCUAUCAGGAGGAAAGGGUACACAAUACUGCAGAUGGUGGACGAGCUGAAGGUGUUCCCUUACCCAACAGAAAGGCCCAAGAAUGAGGAAUGUCCCGAUGACCCAACAGAAGCACCCAACAAUAAGCCGUGCUCCCCCGUUGGGGUGUGCGUUGUGCUUCCUGAGUGGGUUAUCUUCAUGGAAAUGCCACUUGUGGCUCGCUGGGAUGCUGAAGAUGGCCGCUGGCGAAAGGAUGGCAUCACCAACGUCUCCUACGAGGAGGCAGAAGGCAAAAUCUCCUUUGAGAUGGAAUCAUUCCAGAUCUUUACACUGAUGCACAACACCUUCGCCAACUUUCCUUUCCAGGGCUGGGAGCUGCGGCCGCUGGGCCAAAACUCAGCUGUUUUUACUGUCAAGGGGGCUCUCAUUGAGGUCUCCAUAACCAUUAAGAAUAGUCAGUGUAUGCUGUGGCUGGCGCACAGUAGAGGCCUCUCUCACCUCGUGGGGCAGUGGAUGAGCGCACCAGCUCUGCAGAAAGCCAUGCUCAAGGCAGGGAUCGACAUCUUUGUUAACGAGAACACACACAAAUACGUCAGCAUCUGCAAGAAGAACCCACUUAUAGAACAGUUUGCUUAUGACCAGAUGGCCCUCUUUGCAUCAGCUUGUGCUUUUAAAUGGAGCAAGUGGAACGACACAUGUGGAGAGGAGAAUCUGGUCCUUCAGGGGUCUGAGCACCUUAAAAUCGGCCUUGUACCUGAAGACUCUUGGAGUACUUACUUUAUGGGUUCACAGAGGACUAGGCAACUGGAGAUCACUGAGAACAGUGAAGACUUUUCCAUAGACCACGCUGCUGGCAGCGAGUUCCACUCCACACUCAUCCAUCUUCUGCAGGAUAGCAUGAGUCCUGAUGGGUUAGCUUUGGUCAGACAGUCCCAUUACUGCUUCAUUGACACGGUGCAAACCCUGCUUUCUGCUACUAGACCCCUGGUUUUUUCAUAAAUUGUGAUAGACCAGGGGUCAAUAACUUGCGACUCACAAUGGCUCAGCUAAUAUCUUUAAAUACAGCUAUGAUAAUAACAAA